AUGUCUAGCGCGAACGGGGGGAAUGGCGCGCGCGGCGCGAACGCGAACGGCUCGCAGCAUCGAUGGCGGACGUGGCAGAGCGACGAGGAUAUUCCGCAGCGGAAGAUCCUGAUUCAGCACAUUCUGCGAGUUUUCAAACAGAGAAAGCCUGAACUCACGAAUGAGUGGAAGCAUAAGCUUCCGGACUUCGUGCUGCGACUGGAGGAGGCAGUGUAUCGCGGUGCUCGCAGCAAGGAUGAAUAUUGCGACAAGGCGACAUUGGAAGCACGCCUGCAAGCUGUCGCUCGAAUCAUGAUUCAGCGUCAAGGAAUGCAACAGGGGCGAGGGGGGGCCGGGACGAGUGCUGCUUCUCGGCAGCAAAUGGGAGCAUUGUUUCCUGGUAUGGGGGGUGCGAUGCAGCAACCGGUUCCGGGGCAGGCACAGGGGAUGAUGGGCGGUAACGGGAUGUUACCGAAUGGGGCGCCGAUUCUUCGCGGCGCUGCGGCGCAAGGUGCGGCGUAUAUAGGAGGACAGCAGCAAAUGAUGGCGGGUGUGCCACCGGGGACAAUGAUUCCAACGCCAGGUGCAGGUGGUGGACAGAUCAAGUCGGAACCUGACGUGCCGACAGGGCGCGCAAGGCCGGCUGCGAAGGGCAAAAAGCUCACGAAGGCUCAGCAAGCGCAGCUGGCCGCACAGCAGCAACAACAAAUGGCUCAGCAAGCUGCGAUGAGACACGGUGGACAGGGUAAUGUGACGAACUGGCGCGAUAUCAGCGACGAACAGUUGCGUAAGGCGUACAUCGUCAAGCAGCAGCGAUGGCUGCUGUUUCUUCGUCACGCGAGCAAGUGCCAAGCUAGGCACGGUGAGUGCCCAUACACUCCGCACUGUCACGUGGCGAAGCAGCUAUGGGAACACGUGUUGAAGUGUACUCUGCCGCAAUGCAAUUAUCCCCGUUGUCUAGCAUCACGAGAGCUCCUCAAGCAUCACCAAACGUGCAAGGAUGCCAGGUGUCCAGUGUGUGGACCGGUUCGCAACGCCAUGCUCAAGCAACGACAGCAAGCUGAAAUGGCGCACGGUAACAAGCGCAUGAAGUUGGAUGAUGAUCCGCACAGAGGGCAACAAGUGGUGAAGGGGUCGAGUGGUUUGAACAAGGAUCGCAAGCCUGGUGGAGAAGGCACCUCCUUGAUGGAGUGCUUCACUCCAGAAGAGAUUCGUGUGCACCUCUCUUCGCUGCGCCUUGCUGACAAGGAAAAGAUUCAAGGGCAAGGGCAACCAAGCGCUCGCCAACUUCACAAGGAAGCCGAGCGAGCCGUGCUCAAUGCCGAGAGUGCUUGUCGUGCCUGUGGUGUCGAACGCUUGACGUUUGAACCGCCGCCGCUUUACUGCUACAGUUGCGUCACGCGCAUCAAGCGUGGACAAGUAUACCAUCAUGCGCCCACCCUCGGAGGCGAAACCAGACGAGACGCGUGGUGUAAUCCGUGCUUCAACGGGAUUCAAGGUUUCGUCGACGUCGAGGGCCAGCGCUUCCCGAAGCAAGCUCUCAUCAAGAAGAAGAACGACGACGACUUGGAGGAGCCCUGGGUGCAGUGCGACUACUGCGAAGAUUGGUAUCAUCAAAUCUGUGUCUUAUUCAAUGGACGUCGUAACGAAGGCGGUGAGGCCCCGUUUACGUGCCCGAACUGUAUUUUGUCGCAGUUGGAAAAGGAUGAGCGUCAAGUCACGAAAGAGCGUCCUUCGUCUCAGCAACCGGCGAACUCGCUCCCGAAGACGAAGAUGUCCAACUUUCUGGAAGAGCGACUCGCAACGGUGCUCGCGAACGAGCGCGAAGCGCGCUCGAAGCAGUUGGGUGUUCCUAUUGAUAAUGUUCCCACCGCGGAAGGCUUGACGAUCCGCGUCGUCUCUCAGACGAUGAAGCAGAUGGAUACCAGGUCACAUUACUACUCGCACUUCAAGGGUGAAGGGAUCCCAAUGCAUUUUGCGUAUCGCUCUCGCGUCAUUCUCUUGUUCCAGAACCUUGAGGCUGUGGAUGUUUGUCUGAUGGCUAUUUAUGUGCAGGAAUACGAUGACGAAUGCCCCGAGCCGAACAAGCGAAGGAUUUACCUUUCUUAUUUGGACUCUGUCAAGUAUUUCCGACCCGAUAACGUCACAGUCGCGACGGGAGAAAGUUGUGCUCUGCGCACGUACGUGUAUCACAACAUUCUGGUCGCGUACUUGGACUACGCCAAGGCGCGUGGAUUCACUUCUUGCUUCAUUUGGGCUUGCCCUCCGUUCCAGGGUGACGACUACAUCUUGUACUGCCAUCCUAAGGUUCAAAAGACGCCGAAGGCUGACAAGCUGCGAGAGUGGUAUAUGAAGAUGUUGCGCUCUGCUCAACAAGAUGGAAUUGUCCUGUCCACUUCCAACGUAUACGACGAAUUCAGGCUUGGCAACCAAAAUCACGACAUCAGGAACGCUACAGAAUACCCAUACUUCGAUGGUGAUUAUUUCUCCGGUAUCGUUGAGGACUGGAUCCCGACCAUCAUGAAGGAGCUCGAAGAAGCGAAGAACAUCGAAGCAAAGACGAAGUCGUCGACCGUGAAGAUCAGCGCUCGUAAGGCCGCUAAGGCGAAGAGUGGUCUUCUCUCCGCGGAUGCCGAGCUGAACAAGGAGCUCAUGAAGAAGCUUGGUUCGACGAUUAGUAACAUGCGGAACGAUUUUAUCCUCGCUCACAUGGCUCACCAGUGCUUGAGCUGCCGCAAAUACAUCGCCGGCGCCACGCGACACUUCGCCACUGAGGGAACGCCUCUGGUGUUGUGCCAAGACUGCAAGGACUUCGAAGACGCUUUACCCGAGCACGAAAGACGCUACACCGGGCGCAAGCUCAGCAGUGAAGAGUGCCCUGAGCUUGUCACGCUUACGAAGGAGGAGAAGGAGGAGGAAAAGUUGGAAAGCGAGUUCUUUGACACGCGUCAAGCCUUCUUGUCCUUGUGCCAAGGCAAUCACUUCCAAUUCGACUCUCUUCGUCGUGCCAAGCACACGACGAUGAUGGUGUUGUAUCACCUGAACAACCCGUCGGAGCCUGCGUUCGUGGCUUCUUGUAACGUGUGCUCUCGCGAGCUCGAGCCCGGCAAGGGAUGGCGUUGCGAGACGUGCGCCGAUUUUGACAUUUGCGAUAAUUGCCGCAUCCGAGUCGGUCACCAGCACCCGCUCAUGCGCCAAGGCCGCGUCGCUGGCGAUCGCACGGCGAUGUCGCAGGCAGAGCGCGAAAACCGUGCGGCUCAAAUUGAGCGUACGAUGGAGUUGCUCGUCCACGCGUGCAACUGCCGCGACCCGAAGUGCGACAACAGCAACUGCCCAAAGAUUAAGCACCUUCUCAAGCACGCGUUCUCGUGCACCAUCAAAUCCGCGGGCGGGUGCCAACUCUGUCGAAAGACUUGGACGCUUUUGCAAAUUCAUUCCAAGCAGUGCAUGGAUGACAAUUGUCCCGUGCCCAAGUGCAAAGACCUCAAAGAGUACCGCAGGCGUACUCAAGAACAAAUCGAGGAGCGUCGGCGUGAGCAGUACCGCCUCUACCUCAACGCCGCGCGAUGA